AUGACUUAUCUGCCCCUGUUUUCUGGCUACGUUGCCUCUGCUUUGGCAACUUACGUGGCAGUGGAGCGGUGCUUAAGCGUGGCCAUACCGCUGAAAGUAAAAUCAUUUUUUACGCCAAAAUUUACAUUAACAAUUGUCGUCUUUAUAUCGCUAUGUGUUUUCGGAGCAUUCAGCAUCAUGUUCUUUAUUUACGACGUAGUUUACAUAAAAAGCACCGUUUACAACACAACAAUUGCCGUGUAUAUUUACAAUAAUUUCUACUUCGCCAACGAAACCGCCAUAAUGAUCUAUUACAAAUACGUAGGCCUUCUUCUUCCAGUGAUUAGUUUCACAAUCUUGUGUACGACGUCAGCAGUUACCAUAGUACAUCUAAAGAGACACAGCGCCUCCCUCUACAGAAUCCGAGACACGAACGUCAGCACAAAAGCAAGCCAGAGAUGUUCACAAUACAUCUCUCAACGUGAGAAAAGGGUGGUCAGAACUCUACUCGUUGUUAUUGUUAUUUAUAUGAUCAACAUCUUUCCCAGAAUCCCCAUCUACAUCGCCACACUCAUCCAGCCGGAGUUUUAUAUCCUCAAGCGAUACAAUAAUUUAUUUAUGACCACGCUAUACUUGAUCUAUAUCCUGGAUUUUGCCAACGCUUCCAGCCACUUCUUUAUUUUUCUCAAAAUGAGCACAAAUUUCAGACGGACAUUUCUUACCCUUUUUUCAGUUCCAAAACAGAAAAAGUAA